UUCUUGUGGAUUCUCUCCCUGCCGUUGAAGAAAUAUCUAUCCAGAAAGAAAAUGGCGAUUUCUUCUCUUUCAGCGUCAACAAUUCCUUCAUUGAAUACUCGCAACUCCACUUCUAAUUACUCUUCCAAAUUAUCUUCGUUUUCUUCUCUCCAGUUUCCAGCACAGCUUCAUCGACUUCAAUUUCGAAACAGAGGGGUUUCCUCCCACCCCAGGCAGCGAAAUUUUCCCCUGGUUGCAGCGAAGAAGCAAACUUUUUCCACCUUUGAUGAGUUGCUACAGAAUUCUGACAAGCCCGUGUUGGUGGACUUUUAUGCAACCUGGUGUGGUCCUUGCCAAUUUAUGGCUCCAAUUCUCGAUGAAGUUGGUGCUGUCCUGAAAAACACGGUUCAGGUAGUGAAAAUCGACACUGAGAAAUAUCCCAGCAUUGCUGAUAAAUACAAAAUAGAGGCCUUGCCGACUUUUAUCAUAUUCAAGGAUGCAGAGCCAUAUGAUCGUUUUGAGGGUGCUUUGACUAAAGAUCAGCUCAUCCAACGCAUUGAAAGUUCACUGAAUGUCAAGCAAUAGCAGCCGCCAGCUUCUCCCGGUUCAAAGAUCAAUACAAUGAGAAGCCAUUAUAUUUGGAUUCUUUACGGCUAGAUCACCCUGCCCUUCCCAUCACCAACCAUCUUUUCUUUUCAAUUUAUCUCCAUGUCUGUGUACCAAGAAAGUGACUGAAAUUGUUCCUGAAUAUGUUGAUCAAGUAAAAUUGUUCUGCUAAUGAUUUGUAUCUGUUAUGUAGUUUUGAUGAGAGAAUCUGUUCUCUGAUUAUGAUAAAAACGAUUACCAAGCUGUAAACGGAUGAAUUCCAUCGAACAAAAUAUCGAUCUUAUUUUAGGCCCUAGCUUUGACAUUUGAGACCUUCUGACCA